GACAAGGACAGGAGGGGGAUUUUUGUUUUGUUUGAGGAGGGGCUGAAGCUGUUUUCCUCUCUCGUCUGUGAGUGCUCUUCACUUGCUUUUGCUUCUUUCAUUUCUGAGCUUCUGCUUUGGUAUCGGGCAAGAAGUAGCAGGGAGUCCAUCUUUAGAUUCAUUUUUUGUUGUCUUUUCUUUCUGUUUUGUUGUCUGUGUAUGGGGGUUUUAGUGAGGUGAAAGAAGAAGAACUCCCCGUAGGGAAGAAGAAGAAGGGAGAAAAGAUGUCUUUUUUCUAAUCUGUCUCUUUCUUUCUGUAUGUUUAGGGGAGUGAAUAAGAAGAAGAGGUGAAGAGAAUCCCCUGUCGUGGGGGAGAAGGAAGAAUAAGAAGCAUAGCCAAGUCUCACCC